CACUAACUUCAUCAAAGAAUUUCACAAGUAUGGAAGGUUGGUCAGAGGUAUCAAUGCUUCAUAUAUCACCCUUGUUCCCAAGAAGAAAAAUCUCAUGACUUUGAAAGAGUACAGGCCGGUUAGUAUGGUUGGGAGCCUUUAUAAAAUUUUAGCUAAAGUUUUAGCUAAUAGGCUACGGAAAGUCAUUGGAAAGGUUAUCAGCAUAACCCAAUUUGCUUUUCUAGAGGGAAGGCAGCUUAUUGAUAGUGUCUUGGCACUCAAUGAACUGGUGCAUGAUUUAAAAAGAAGGAAGGAAAUUGGCAUCUUGUUUAAGGUAGACUUUGAAAAGGCUUUUGACUCAGUUGACUGGGAUUACCUUGAUUCUAUGCAGUCUUCCUUGGGGUUCAGAGACAAAUGGCGUGGGUGGAUUCAAGAGUGCUUAACUUCUGCAUCUGUUUCAAUUCUUGUUAAUGGGAGCCCCACGCAGGAAUUCAAAAUGCAAAAAGGGCUUAGGCAAGGUGACGCCCUUUCUCCUUACCUUUUUUUAAUAGCUGCUGAAGGUCUGCAUGCUCUUGUUCAUGAAGCUGAAAAGAAAAAUCUCCUUACUGGUAUCGCUGUUGUUAGAGAUUUAUCUAUUUCCCACCUCCAAUUUGCUGAUGACACUAUUCUCCUUGGGGAAGCUUCUCUUAAGUCAAUCAGAGCAUUCAAGUUUAUCCUUAGAUGGUUUGAAAUUAUCUCAGGGCUUAAAAUAAGCUUUAGCAAAAGUACCUUGUAUGGUAUUAAUAUUGAGGAGAAUUGGCUUAAUAUGGCUGCCUCUACCCUUAAUUCAAAGUGUGGGCACCUGCCUUUCCUUUACUUGGGAUUCCCUGUUGGUGGCAACCCUCAACAUCUUAGAUUCUGGAAACUAAUGGUUGAGAAGUUCCGGUCUAAGUUGGCAACCUAGAAGGGAAAGCUCUUAUCAUUUGGAGGACGCAUCACACUCCUCACGUUGGUACUUUCGGCUUUCCCUCUUUUUUACUUUUCUAUUUUUAAGGUCCCUAAAGGUGUUGUUAGUGAGUUAGAGAAAAUACAAAAAAAACUUUUUG